AUGGGCUUCCUCCGCAGCGCCCUCAAAGUCGGCACGAUCGGCAGCGUCGCCUCCGCCGGCUUGUUCUACGCCGCGACGCGCCACAACACCUUCGUGCCCAUGACCCCCGCCGACCCGAUCUUCCAGCACCCGCUGUACAAGAAGUUCAACCCGUCCGACAACCCGGCCUCGUACGAUGUGUGCGUGCGUCGCGUGCCCCUGAAGGACAUCAACCCGACGCUGCUGGAGAAGAAGGGCAAAUUGACCGAGGCGUUUUGCGGGGGGGUGUGGGGUGGAUUCGGAUACGCCUACCAACGCCGCUACCUCUCCAAAAAAUACCAAGGGCCCGAAACCUCGACGCACCUGUGGACGCGCGCGGAGCUGAAGACGAACAACUACGACGUGGGCACGCUGAUCACGGACCACUUCGAGGUGGUGGAGAAGACGGACGAGCGGAUCAUCGUGCGCUGCGGCGACUCGCCGCGGAAGCAGGCGGUGCGGGAGUCGGACGGGCUGUUUGAGAUGUCGGCGGUCGUGAAGCCGGACGAGCGCCAGUAUACGAAGUUGUUGUUGGAGACGGCGUUGGGGAAUGUUUAUCGGUAG